AUGGCCCUGCAUCAACAGAAGACUCACAAAAUCGCUCAGUCCUUGAACUCGAUCGAUCUGUGUAAGAUAUCUUCUAAUUUAUAUUUUUCUAUUACAGUGCCAUACAUAAAGCCCUGCAAAUGGGACGAUUCGACUUGCCUGAAGGCUUCAGCGCAGGCCGCCAUACCAGUAAUAACAGCUGGUAUUCCAGAAUUGGGAGUGGCUUCCUCCGACCCGAUGGUCGUAGAGAAGAUGAGCACUAAUAACGCUGGAUUAAACUUGGAUCUCAGCAAGAUCACCAUCACUGGGCUGAGUCAGUGCAAGGUUGGGAAAGUUAGCCGUGACCUCGAUAGAUCGACCAUAGUGCUUAGUAUGCGUUGCCCCGUAACGCUGGAUUCACACUACAACGUCUCGGGGACCCUGGUCAUCAUUCCCAUUGAGGGUACUGGGGAGUUCGGUUUCACAGCUGAAAACGUGAAGUUGAAGUUGGAAGCCAAGAUCGAAGAGGAAACUGGUGCCGACGGCAAGAACCACUGGAAGAUUGCUAGCUACAAGCACAGCUACGAGCCUGACAAGGUGUUGAUCAGGAUCACCAACCUCUUCGGUGGCGACGAGAAAACAGCCGCUCCCGUGCUGGAUUUCAUUAACCAGCAAUGGCGGGUGUUCAUCCAGAGUGUGGGCAAGCCGUUCGUCGACGAGUUUGUCCAGCUGAUGGUCGACAACGUCAACAAAUGGAUGGCGGCCGUUCCAACUGAAGAGUUAGAAGUAGUUUAAAAUAUACAAUUUAAGACAUACUUGGACAUAGGUACUGGUACUUAACAUUUUUUCGUGUAGUGCUUAUUACCACAAAUUAUUGGUUUUAAAAACAUAUAAGAAGUAACUUUAGCUCCAAGUAAUGGUAACAUUCCAUUUCUAACCGCAGCUGCACUAUACCGGUACUGAACGCGUCGCUGUCAUUGUCAAUUUCCAUAGUAAAAUGAACAGUAAUGCAGCAGUCGUUGAAAAUGGACUGUCACCUUAAGUGAAACCUACAGCUUUACACUUGAUAAAAUUACCUUUAAUUUCUUUACUUAAAUGUUAUCUCUUCUACUUACGUAUCGGAAAAUUGCUAAAACUCCUUACUUAUUGGACAAUAUGCGCUAAAAUAUUGUUGAAUGAACUGUAGUUAUGUGACUCACAAAUAAACGGGUAAAUUUUUCCUUAUAUUGUUUUUCGGUUAUUUAACAUCACUUGUCCUCAAAUACCUUUAUGAUUCUAAUAAAUCACAUUAAACCAUUAUCUUCAUCGUUAAGUGAUUGAAUUAUCUCUAAUCCCUCCAUAUUAUAUUUUAUGUUUUCAUAAAACUGUACGUCAAUACAUAAGCCUAAUUUAUCCCAGGUAACAGUAGCAUAAUGAAUAACUUCCUUGUAUCGCAUAAUAAUCAAUCAGCCCCAAUAAGGUAUAAAUUUAGUCUUUAUAGCUCAAUCAAACUAAUUUAACAAGACUGUACUGCCGUAAAACAUACAAGUUAUUAUAAUUAAAGAUCUUAAAUCAAUGCAUUAAGUGCUUUAUUUGAAUGAAAAAAUUUUUUGUUGCUUACC